AUGGGGGGUAUAUCUAAGAAGAAGGAGAUGCCUAUGAACACCAUCAUUGAGGUAAAAUUGUUUGAUGUAUGGGGGAUAGAUUUUAUAGGGCCAUUCCCAAAAUCAGGGGAGUACCAAUAUAUUUUACUUGCAGUUGAAUAUGUGUCUAGAUGGGUGGAAGCAAUUCCUACCAAAACUAAUGAUUCUAAAGUUGUAACUGCCUUUGUUAGGAAAAACAUUUUUAGCAGGUUUGGUACACGUCGCGCUCUCAUAAGCGAUGGAGGAUCUCACUUCAACAAUAGGUGGCUAGACAACAUAUUGGAUAAGUAUGGAGUCAAGCAUAGAGUCACCUCACCUUACCACCCCCAAGUCAAUGGGCAGACCGAGCUUGAAAAUAGGGAAAUCAAGUCCUUCCUACAAAAAACAGUGAGCACUAAUAGAAAGGAAUGGGCACUCCGUUCAGAUGAUGUGUUGUGGGCAUAUCGUACCGCAUACAAAUCUCCUAUAGAUUUCCAAAAGGCCGGUGAGGAGAGGCGCCUCUUCCUCAAUAAGAUGGACGAGUUUCGAAUGGAAGCAUAUGAUAGCUCGUCUACUUACAAGGAAAGGAUUAAGGCUUACCACGAUAGGAUGAUUAGCCCACGAGAGCUCACCUUGGGGGAUGUAGUUUUGUUGCACAAUUCUAGACUCUCUCUUUUCCCUAGAAAGUUGAAGUCCAAAUGGACUGGCCCUUACAUGAUCAAGAAAAUCUAUGAUAGUGGGACGGUUGAGUUGCUGGCUCCGGAUUGGGACGUUGUUUCAAGCCAAUGGCCACCGAGUGAAGAAAUACUAUAG